UCUCUGCUGCACCGAAUAUCUCUCGACUUCUAGGGGCUCUAUUUUCCGAAGUAUCAUGGGACUGGUCAACCCGUCCAAGAAGAACAACGUGGGGAGGUGGCUGUGGAACUUCUUUCACGAGCAAUCCUCCACGAAAACGUUGACGCCGAUUGUCUCCAGAAAAGAACAAAAGGAGAAUCGGUAAUGAGUCUUGAAGCAGUUGAUGAGCGCGUAAAGAAAUGCAUUUUUAAAUUCUCUUCUUUCUUGCCCGCAUGACUAAGUAAGUCGUGGGAAGUUCAUCGGCUCGUUCCUCAGCAGCGCUCCUUAGCCGAUCUUCUUCUUCUUUGUGGAAACACGGGAAAAAUGAGCACAAGCCUUUGAAAGACAAAUGCUGGUUUUUCCUUUCUUUAACUUUUAUUGGCUGUAAUGUCGAGGACACCUGUCUUUGCGGGAAACCCGCCGAAUUCGUUUUCAUGUGGGGCAGACAGCGAGCAUCUCGACAGAGAAAACCAAAUACGAAAGAAGUUCCCUAUAAAGAGCCCCCUUUAGUGGAAGGUGAAGGUCACAAGAAGAAAGAGGCCGAGCGAAACACAAGUCCCCUAUUUUGUUCUGGAUCAAGUGAUUCAUAGAAGUUCGUUUUUGUCUUGUUGAGAGAGAGAGAGAGAGGGAGACAGAGACGAUGGGCAGAUAUCUAGGGUUUGGGUUCACUCUGACCCUUUUCUUUUGCAUGGCUCAAGGCAAAGUCCUCCACUAUGAUUUCGUGGUGAAGGAGACACCUAUUAAUAUGUUGUGUGAGACAAAUCGCUCUGUAUUGACUGUGAAUGGUCUGUUUCCUGGACCGGAGAUCCGUGCUCACAAGGGUGACACCAUAUAUGUCAAUGUUACCAACAUAGGACCCUAUGGAGUCACUAUUCAUUGGCAUGGAGUGAGACAAAUAAGGUAUCCUUGGUCUGACGGCCCGGAGAACAUCACGCAAUGCCCAAUCCCUACGAACUCAAGCUUCCUUCAGAAAGUCAUACUCACUGAAGAAGAAGGCACACUAUGGUGGCACGCUCAUAGCGAUUGGACACGGGCUACUGUACACGGCCCUAUAAUCAUUUUGCCUAUCAAUGACACCAACUACCCUUACAAGUUUGAUGAACAACACACAAUUGUGAUUGCUGAAUGGUAUGCGAGAGAUACAAAGGCUAUAAUCGAUGAGGCUCUUGCAACUGGAGGUGAUCCAGACUUGUCCGUGGCCUAUACCAUCAAUGGUCAACCAGGAGAUAGUUACCCAUGCUCUAAUGGGUCGGCAUACAAUAUAACAAUUGUGCAAGGAAAAACAUAUCUCUUCCGGAUCAUCCACUCUGGGAUGAAUGAAGAGAUGUUCUUCGGAAUAGCCAAGCACAAUCUUACUGUGGUCGGAAUGGAUGGAGCUUAUUUGAAACCACUUAAGACCAAUUACCUCAUGAUAACUCCUGGUCAAACAAUGGAUGUUUUGGUAACUGCAAACCAAGCCCCUGGUCGCUACUACAUGGUAUUCAGUCCAUUCGUUGAUACCAAUGCCCCAUCCAAUGACAACGUCACGAGGGCGAUAUUUCAAUACAAUGGCAAUUAUAACCACUCGGAGACUCCUUUGUUACCCGAGCUUCCAGGUUUUACUAACAAGAGUGAUGCUGGAAACUUUACUAUUCAGUUGAGGAGUUUGAACAGUGAAGAACAUCCAUCUAAGGUUCCAACCAAAAUCACUAGGAACAUUACGAUCGCAGUGUCCGUGAAUCAACAGCCAUGUCCUGCUAAUACAACAUGUACCGGUCCACAAGGCGCCAUGCAUUCAGCAAGCUUGAACAACAUAAGUUUUUGGGCUCCAUCGAUUAGCAUUCUCCAAGCAUACUACAACAAUCUCCAAGGAGUCUACAACAAAACUUUUCCGGAUACACCACCUUUCGUGUUUGACUACACCGGGAAUGUAUCGGCCUUAGGAGAAGCUGCCAAUGUGAGCACCGAAGUGUUGAUGAUUAACUAUAAUGAGGAGGUCGAAAUAAGAUUCCAGGGGACCAAUUUCGGAGCAGCAGAGAAUCACCCCAUGCAUUUACAUGGCUAUAGCUUUUAUGUCGUUGGAAUGGGCGAUGGAAAUUUCAGCGACUCCUAUGUAUCGCAGUAUAAUACAGUUAAUCCGCCUUACGUUAACACCGUUGGACUCCCCAAAAAUGGGUGGACAGCCAUUAGAUUCAAAGCCGAUAAUCCAGGGGUGUGGUUCAUGCACUGUCACUUGGAACGCCAUGCGAGCUGGGGGAUGGACACAGUCAUUGUCGUUGGAGAUGGGGCGAAAAAACAUCAGAAGGUGCUGCCACCACCCAAAGACAUGCCUCCUUGUUCCGUGUCUUGAUCAGGAUGUUGUUUGCUUUGAGUUCAUUGCUAGGGCAACGGCCAUUGAUAUACCAAUGGAAAUAAAUCAUCUGUACUGCGUGGCGAAUUUUGCAAUUCUGGAUCAUCGAAAUAAGCUUUGACUUUAACAUA